AGUGGGUCGGGGUUGUGGCAGAGGUGGCCGUUGUCUGGGGAGACGCCGCGCUGCGGUGGCGGCAGGAGCGGCGGCCGCGCUGGGGAUGUGGCGGCUGCUGCUGGCGCUGGCAUGGCUUGGCAGGGCCUUCCCUGCAGGGAUGGCGACAGAGCAGAGUGGCGGCGAGCAGCCCCGCUCCCCCGUGGGAGGCUCCAUGCAGGCCAGCAGCGAGCCGGUGCGGUACCGGACUGCGGAGAUGGCAGACGCAAUGCUGGGCAGUGGGCUCCCCGCUGUGGAGCUCUUGGUGGUGCCGGGGGAGCCGGGGGAAGGCCAGGCCCCCACCGAUGCUGCAGGGAGUUGUGAUAGUGCGGCCGGGGGUGAUGCGUGUGGAGCAGGGACUGGGGUGAACCAGGAGCUGCCCGCCACCGAGCCCAACAGCACCGAUAGCGGCAAAGGCCCCAAGGUGAGCUGUGAGGAGAGAAACAGCACCGGCACCGACUGCUGCACGCUGCAGAUCCUCAACGCCUCGCAGGAUCUGAUGGAGUACCUAAAUCCAAACAGCAGUGACUGUACGUUAGUCUUGUUCUACACACCAUGGUGCCGCUUUUCUGCUCGUCUGGCGCCUCAUUUUAAUUCUUUACCUCGAGCAUUUCCAACUAUUCGCUUCGUGGCACUGGACGCAUCUCAGCACAGCAGUUUAUCAACUAGAUUUGGAACUGUGGCUGUGCCCAAUAUCCUCCUUUUCCAAGGCGCUAAACCUAUGGCAAGAUUUAAUCACACAGACAGAACGCUGGAAACGCUGAAAGACUUCAUUUUCAAUCAGACAGGUAUAGAAGCUAAAGGCGAUGUGGCUGUGACAGAAGCCGACUGGGAAGGGCCCCUGCCCAGCGUUCUGACCAAAGGCAUAGACUGGCUGCUGCUGUUCUCUUUGCUCUUCCUGGCAAGCUUUGUCAUGUACGCUACCAUUCGGACAGAGAGCAUCCGGUGGCUGAUCCCGGGACAGGAGCACGAACAUCAGGAGUAACCUGGGAUACUGAAAAAGGGACAGAAUUUCCUGCUUAUUGGUGAAGUGGGAAUUUGUACGGACUAGAAGUACAAAACAAUUAACUGUGGAAUUUGUUGGUUAUAAUUUAUAAUAUUGACUAAAAAUCAGUUUUAUUUAUAAGCUGCUCAAUAUGUAAAAAGCAAAUUCAUGGUGAUUAAUGUGGGAAAUAAAUAUGAAAAAACACGAACUGAAAAUAUUUAUUAAGCUGCUGUGAUCAACUUAUUCUUCACGGACCUCGCUGUAAACAGGUGAUACAGGUCCAAUUUGCUUUUCUGAAGAGGUCCCUGACGUUUGUAGCUGGAGUGGGAUCUUCCCAGCAUGCUGGUGCUGCUUGGCACAGGAGCAGAGCUGCUUCUCUGUGGUGGAAUCCAUGGAUCUCCUACAUCUCCUGCAGGUGCAAGGACUGAAGCUCGCAGAGGGACAGGCUGGUGUGUGAUGGUGGUACUAAAUGAGUUUGGUUUUCAGUAAAAUGAACUGUGAAGACGGACAUGGUUUUAACAAUUGUGUACCUGAAAUGAGAUAUUUCAUUGGUGAAAAGAUUUUAAUACUGAGAGCGUGUGUGGCAGCAACAAUAACGGUUCAGAAUUGCGUUCUGUGAUGGGGCAACUGCUUCCUGCUAUCCCCUGGGCGCAGGUGUUUGCAUUCCCUGUGCUCAAUGUGUUCUGACUGCAAUGGUUCUCUGCCAGACCGAUGACUUCCAAAGCUCACGUAAGCAUGUGUAUGGACACAACUCACCACGUUCCUCUAGAAUUAAAUUGCGCUUGUCAUUCUUACUCUUUCUUAAAUAAAUCAGGUUUGUAGUGCAGACUUUUCAUUUGGUGCCCUACGAGGCUAAAUCCCUGUCCACCUUGGGAGUGUGGGUCGCCUGCGAAAUCAGCACAACCGGCCUGGAGAUUGAAGUUGUGUUUGCUGGUUGCAAAGUCCGGAGCUGAGGCUGCCUAAAGGAUGGAUGUGGGUUUACUGACAGUGUGGCACACUGAAUAAGCUGUAAACUG